AUGAGGGAAAAGCUCACUCAACCAUGUCCCGGAAUUGUCAGUGAUUUGGUCGACGCAAGAUCGGUUGCCGUCGAUUUUCAAUUUGUUGGCGGAGCUGGGGAUGGUGAUGAGGUUACGGUAAUCACAGGUGAUCAAGUGAGAACUGUUCGCUUUCCUGGUUGCUACGAUGUGAAAGUUUCAUUUGCACUUAAACGACCCCUCAAAAAUCCCUAUAUCGAAGCUUUCUUACAAUUGGGUACCAAUUUGCCGUGCAGAACUGAGCAUUCAUCGAUAUUGAAAAAUCCAGGAAAUGAUAUUUGCACAAAUAUCACAAAAACCUCUUGGUGUCCACAAAGCCAAAAUGCUCAACUAAGGAAAAUGUUGAAUGGGAAAAGUACUUGCCAAUUUUGCAACGUUUGCGAUUCAGCGAAAAGAAACGAAGAUCUGCAGAGAUAUGUUCAAAGUUCGACUGAGCAAAAAUGUGAUAACGAUUCGGGCCGGCAGACCGUCUCUUUAAGGAUGUGCACUCCAUCCCGGCAGGAAAUCCGCGAAAAGGAGGGUGACGAGAAAAUGGAAGAGUAUUGGAGCUAUCUCAAGCAGGGAGUGUUGACCACAGUGAUUCAUGUACUUGAUCGAGCCGGUCCUCAAUCGUCGAAAUGUGUGCAAAUGUGCCACACGCACCGAUCGCGCAAGUUGAUCAGCAAAAAUUACAAGAAAACUCUCCUACAAUCGAUUCAAAAAGUGUGCUCACCCCAGGACAUUUAUGCUGCAUGUGUUUUCCAUACUCAGAAAUUCGAUGUUGUUUCCGAUUUU